AUGGAAGAUGUCCUACCUCGAGCCACGGCGCAGGUCAAAUGGGAAGAAGAUGUCCCAGCCGCGCUAAGGCGCAACAAAAGCAGGAUCCCAAGACGAUCAGAUCAGACCGAAUCGAGCGAGACGAGAAACCCUCUCAAAGACCAGCCAGUGACUCCGGAAAUCAAAGCCGGGGCCAAGAGCCACCUAAGCAAGGACACAACGGGAAAGCCCAUUGAAUCUGCUCCCGUCUCGCCACCUCGACAGGACCGAGUGAUUCAUGUCAUAUCGGGCGGUUCGGGGAUCAGCGGCAUAAGCCAGGCAGCCACGAAGAAAAGCACCUGGAACGCCAAGCACGGUCUAGUGGCAGCCAAGCCAAAACGCCUACUCCUAGGUACGGACAAAAUAAGUUUCACAGCCAAGGAGCAGGAGAAAGUUCUCACCCCGCAUCACGACGCCCUGGUCAUAUCGUUCCCUGUAGCGAAUUGCCUGGCCGCAUACAAGGAUCUGGGGCUGGAGAAAAGCGCUCUAACUCGGAGGAUAACCCCGCUUAUAGGGUUCAGCGGAGAAGUCAAACAAACCGCCGGAGUGGUUAUCCUCCCCGUAUACGCUGAAGGGAUCAACAUGUCAACCAAGUUCCUCGUUGUUGACUGCGACUCGUCCUACAAUAUGAUCCUAGGACAGCCAUGGAUUCACGGCAUGGGAGCCGUCCCUUCGAUUCUUCAUGAAAUGGUGAAAUUCCUUACACCCUGA